AUGAAGGUUGCUAUCAUUUACUAUUCGACAUACGGACAUAUUGCUGGUAUGGCUAAGGAGAUCAAGGAAGGGGUCGAAUCUGCAGGUGCUAAGGCCGAUAUUUUCCAAGUUAAGGAGACGUUGAGUGAAGAAGUGUUAGGCAUGUUAUAUGCCCCAGGCAAAUUGGACUAUCCAGUUGCUACUACAGACACUUUAGUUGAGUACGAUGCAUUUUUGUUUGGUAUUCCUACAAGAUUCGGUACUAUUCCAGCACAAUGGUCAGACUUCUGGGGUACUACCGGUGGAUUAUGGGCCUCUGGAGCCUUAUCUGGUAAGCCAGCAGGUAUGUUUGUAUCUACUUCUAGUCCAGGGGGUGGCCAAGAAGCGACUAUCAAGAAUGCCAUGUCUUACUUGGUUCACCAUGGUAUGCCAUACAUUCCUUUAGGGUACUCUAACACAUUUGCGGACAUGGCCAGCUUCGAAGAAGUUCACGGUGGAUCUGCUUGGGGUUCUGGUACUUUCGCUGGAUCUGAUGGUUCGAGACAACCAUCGGCAUUGGAAUUGAGAAUUUGUCAUGCGCAAGGUACUGCUUUUGCCAAGCUCGCCUCCAAGAUUGUCGGUGCUAAGGCUGCCAUCGAUGCCACUGCUGCUAAGACUUCUCAACCAGCUGAAAAAUCUGCUGAAAAGGAAAACUCUGGAGAAGAACCUAUUGAAAAGGCCAAAGAAAUCGCACAAAGAGCUAAGCAAGCUGCUCCUGAAGUCAAGGAAGAGGCUAAGGGUGGCUGUAUGAAAUGUACCAUUAUGUAA